AUGGCAGCGGUCGCUCCUCCCCGCGGCCUCGCGCCAAACGCAUCACUACCCGCCAAAGUUGCGACUGUCGCUCCCAACCAGACGCUCUAUGUUACAAACCUUCCAUCCAACAAGAUACAAAAAGCCGACUUAAGAACCGAACUUUACUUGCUGUUCUCCACGUACGGUCCCAUUCUCGAUAUCGUGGCCAUGAAGACCAUGAAGAUGCGUGGACAAGCCCACAUCACCUUCCGCGACAUCCAGACAGCAACCCAGGCCAUGCGCUCUCUCGAAGGCUUUGAAUUUCUUGGUCGACCCUUGACUGUUCAGUACGCCAAGUCCAAGUCUGAUUUCGUCGCGAAAUUGGACGGCACGUACAAGAUUCCAAACUCGACAGCAGGAGCCUCCAGCACCGAAGUAACGGAUCUCCAGAAGAGCAUCUUCAACGCUCCGGCACCUGGCGCCGCAUCAGGAGCGGCCGGAGCGGCCGCAGCGGCGAAGCCAGCAGCUGGGGGUGACCAACCCAUGGCCGACGCCCAGACAGCCGAUGCAAGAGGCCAGAAGCGGACAAGAGACGAGGAAGAAGAUGAGGACAGUGAUGUUGCCAUGGAAGAGGACAGCGACGACGAUUAA